GGUUUGUCUUCUAAUGUUCUGUUCGUACGGUUCCUGAACGCACCAUCCUGCCUUCAUCUGCCGUUUCCUCUGAUCUGAAACAUCUGAGGUGGAAGGAACUCCACACCUGCCUGCGGUUCUACGCUCCCCUGGUUCCUCUGGUUCUCCUGGUUCCUCUGGUUCUCCUGGUUCCUCUGGUUCUCCUGGUUCCUCUGGUUCCUGGGCAGAUGCGGUCCCUGUUGUCCCCACAGACAGAAUGUGGUGUGAAGUCCACCUGCUGACGUGGACCGUGGUCGGUCUGAGCGCCGUCGUCUGUGUCAAGGUGACGGUCAAACAAUCAGAUCUGAGGAUGUGUGAGGACGACAAACGGCUGUGUGUGACCGACGACAAAGACUGUCACCGAAGCAGCACGCAGAAAAACUUCAACAUGUCGUGUUUUUACCUGGAAUGUGUCCGAUCGGUCACAUGUGAGUGGAGCGAAGUUUCCCAUGAUUCCACUGGGGCCGGCACCUCCCUGAUCUUCAGCCAACCGCGGGGGGAUAAGUUCUCGUCCUGUCAGAACAUCUUCAUCCCGGCUGCCGUCCUCAACAUCUCUGCUCGGUUCUGGUCCAUGGUGUCCCGGCCUCAGACGGUGCCUCUGUACGCCGCAGUCAAACCUCCACGUCCUGUUCUGAGCGUCGACGGAACUACGUCCAACUCCAUCACCGUCACCUGGAGGCGGAGCUACGAAGACGGAGGAGGAGCAGGAGGAUGUCGUCUUCGGUACAGAGCAGAGGACGACCCAACCUGGUCUGAGUUUCCGGUCUCUGUCUCCGUUCGUCCUCAUCAGACGUCUGUCCACGUCAUCAGGCGUCUCCGCCCUUUCACCGCCUACAGCGCCGCCGUGGCGUGCAGGGCGGAGUCCGGCAUCUGGAGCGACUGGAGCCUGGACGUUACCGUGACGACGAAGGAGACGGAACCUUCCAAACCUCCAGACGUUUGUUACCGAGUGUUGAGAAACCGGACGGACGGAUGUGUUCUCCUUCACCUCAUGUGGGAGGGUCUGGACGUCCAUGAUGUCGGCGGUCGUCUCCUUGGAUACGAAGUGACCCUGCAGACGCGGGUCAGACGAGUCCACAACGCUACGGAGCUGACGCUGCCCCUGGUGGCGGCGGACGGGAACUGCAGCGUCACAGUGCGAGCCUUUAACGGCGCUGGACCGGGGCCGGCGGCGAGCAUCAGUGUCGAUGCCAACGCACACGACGUCUGUCCAUCUGUCCGUCACCUGUGGGCGUCCGUCCCCCCGUCUGGAAAAGGCCUUCAGGUCCAAUGGGACGCCCCCAAAGCCCCGCCCUCUGACCCUCCUCCUGUCAGUCACUUCAUUGUUCAGUGGCGUUCUGAGACUCGCCCGUCAAUCGUCCAUCAGACCAGAGUGGGCGGAGCCACCACCGAGACCCUCAUUCCAGACAUCGAACGCGACGACUCGUACCUGAUCAGUGUGUUUCCAGUUUACGAUCAUCAGUGCGGAGAUCCGCGAUCACUGCCCGCUAGCCUGCAGCAUGGAGUUCUCAUGGAGGUUGUUGGACUGAAACUGGUGGGCGUGACCAAAACCACAGUGACUGUGAUGUGGGCAUGGCAGAGGAAGACGCUGCCAAUCAGAGUGAAGACGUACAGACUGAUGCUGAGGAGGGACUCGGACGAACAAAUGGUGUCCGUGCACUUGGACCAAUGGCAGAACACCUUCCUGGACCUGAAGCCCAGCACCGAGUAUUCUCUCAUCCUAUUGGCUGACAACAUCUCCAGGAACAUCAUCACUGUCAGAACAGAUUUUGAUAAGGUUCCGAUGGUGGCUACAGUGACCCUUCUGCUGAUUUUUGCUCUGUGUGUCUUCAUCGUCUCCAUCUCCAGGACUGUGUACAAGUGGUACUUCUUCCCUCCCAUCUCCAGCCCUAGAGGCAGCACCACCGGCCAGUGGCUCAUGGACCCAAAGCAACAGGAUCAACAGAAACCUCCCCAGAAGAACAUCCUGGACAUGGACGACUUCAAGGUGAUGGACGUGGUCGGGGACAAGAGUCUGAUCGUGGUCGGACCGGUCCUGAAAUGCCCCUCAGAGGAGGAGUCUCUGCCGUCCUUCAGCCGCCUCAUCGUCAAACUGGGCCCAGAGUCCGACGCCCCGCCUCCGGUAUCCACCCAGCAGAGACCCGGUCCAGGGUGGUCCUUCCAUCUGGACCACCAAACGGUCUUCGACGAGGUAGAGGGGCAGGAGACGCGGUGUCUGACCUCACAUCACCAUCAAACCCAGAUGUGUCGUCUGUUUGAGCUGCUGAACCCGGACCAACGCCACGACGUGCUGUACGCAACGCAACAAACCCACCGACUCAUGGACGGAGACGUGGACCCGUCCUACCUGACCUGUGAGAAGGAUUACAUAUCGAACAGCUGUUUUUAUGCACAAGAAGUCUGACGCAGAAGUCGACGAGUCAAACGGUCACUGAUUUCAUGAAAUCACGUUGUAUUUCAGGCCAGUUCUUGUGGCGUUUGGCGUGCUAUACCUACGCAUUUUCAACCUUUCACGUGUUAUUCGACGCCAUUUGAUCGCAUGUCAAUUUACACCAAGAUCUCCGGGUUCACAUAACCCUAACCCCCAGUGCGUGGUGUUUGACGCGGUGUGAAUGUACGUUUGGAAAGCUUAAAACACACCAAUAAAAAGUGUAUGUUUAUGCAAGUCAUGACAUCACGUUGCACUGCUCUGUGUUUAAUCACUUCUGUUACUGUUACUGUGAUACGAGCAACAGGGUUGAGUGAAGACUAAGGCCAAAUGCCAAUUCAAUUAGUAGUAGUAGUAGUAGUAUUAGUUGUUAGUAGUAGUAGUAGUAUUGGCAGUAGUAGUAUUAGUAGUAGUAUUAGUUGUUAGUAGUAGUAGUAGUAUUGGCAGUAGUAGUAUUAGU